UAGUUACAUGACAACAUAUCGAAAUGUUAAAAAUUUGAGCCUGAAAAUUUGACUAGUGAAAUAUAAAGCAAUGCAGGAGGUCUCAGACGCUCCUCUUUCUAUCGAUCUUUGUUUGGGAAAGGCCCAGUGAUGAAUCGACCCUGCCUGGGAUCAACCAACCUAUAUACGAGUGUAAGCGACUAGCCAAGGAACCAGUCUUGCUUCGAGUUCUUCUUCCAAUUUCCGGCCAAUCUCUGCAAGUGCAAGUCUCUAUUUGAUUUCCUGUUCCAUUCGAUACAAGAUUUUAGGGUUCCUAGUUCAAUUUAGGGAUUAUCCCCAGUAUUCCUACUGUUAAAUUCAUCUAAUUUGCUCUGAUUUGUUAAGCAUCUAUGCAUUUCUUGCCUCUGUUGUUUGGUCUCCCAAAGAUGAAUAGAUGAUGCGAUGUAAAGUUGAUAUCUUUUAAUGUUUUGGAAUUGGGAUAAACAAAAUCAGGAAUCAGUUGAUGUUGAAUUAGCUUAUUGCUCACUUCUCCAUUGCUAAGUAUUAAUGCUGAAAGCCUGGAGCCCAGAACCAUGAUUCAGUGAUUUCAGGGUUAUAUUGCAUUGCUCUUCUGUUUGUUCUUUUCUUGUCUUUUUUGUUGUUUUCUCUUUGUAUAGAUUAGAUAUAAUGUGAGGCUCACUACAUCCCCUGACUAGGUGUGUGUAUCUUUGAAGUUGAUAAAAUCUCUAGCCGUCAAGUUUUUUUCUUUCUUUCAUUUUACUAAGAAGUUUUAGCCCCAUCCAGGUUUUCAUUCCUGGAUCCGCCACUGGACAAAACCAAUGGCUAUUAUUUGCAGCAACAUUUCCCUUAGGCGUGUAUUAACAACGCUCGUGCUUAUGACAAUCCUAGCGGCUGAGAAAAGGGUGUGCAUCCGGAUCCCAGAUCAGAUCACUGAAACUACAAGGCUAGGGAUCCACCCAACGACCAGCCCGCCUUUGAAAUCAGCAGUUUUUGCUCUGGGUUGCUUUUGGAGGUCUGAAGCUGUGUUCGGGUGCUUGAAUGGGGUUCUUCAGACCACUGUUGGUUAUGCUGGAGGAUCCAAAACCAAUCCUGAGUACAGAAGUUUGGGUGAUCAUGCCGAGUCUGUGCAGGUGGUAUAUGAUGAAAGGCUAAUCAGCUUCAGGCAACUUUUGGAGGUUUUCUGGUCUAGUCAUGAUUAUAGACAAGUAUUUGGGCAAGGUCCUGAUGUGGGUAACCAAUACAGAUCUAUUGUUUUUACAAAUGGAACUGAAGAGUCUAGAUUGGCUUCUGUAAGCAAAGGGAGAGAGCAAACUAAGUCAAAGAGCAGCAUUGUCACUACUCAAAUCCAACCACUUGGAACAUUUUAUCCUGCUGAGCCUGAACAUCAGAAGUUUGAGCUGAAGCGCAGGCCAUUCCUUCUUCAACUAAUGGGAAACUUGCCUGAAGAGGAACUUGAGAGGUCACAUUUGGCAGCGAAACUGAAUAGCUAUGCCGCAGAGCUUUGCCCUCCAAAUAUUCAGAAGAAGAUUGAUGUAAAGAUCAACGAGAUUAUUAAAAAAGGAUGGCCAAUUUUGAGUGACUUGUAGAUGGCCUUUGCAGUAGAGUUUUAGGUCUCGCAUUUGUACGCCAUUUAUAUGCCUGGUCAAGCUGGUUUUCCGAGAACGCCCAUCUGUAGAAUAGGCAAUCCAAUUCAUCAGUGCUCUUUGCCCAGUCUGGCUCAUCAUUAUGUAUGCAUCUAGAAAUCUCCGAUUGCAUAAAGUACGAUGAUCAUUCAGUGUCUUCUAACUCGUAUAAAAUUUAUUCAUUUUUCUCUA